GCCCGGGCCCCGCGCGGCCCGCGCCCCCGGCCCCCGCUGAGCCCCGGGGGCCCCGCCGUGGCCGAGGCCAUGUUCCCCGUGUUCCCUUGCACGCUGCUGGCCCCCCCCUUCCCCGUGCUGGGCCUGGACUCCCGGGGGGUGGGCGGCCUCAUGAACUCCUUCCCGCCACCUCAGGGUCACGCCCAGAACCCCCUGCAGGUCGGGGCUGAGCUCCAGUCCCGCUUCUUUGCCUCCCAGGGCUGCGCCCAGAGUCCAUUCCAGGCCGCGCCGGCGCCCCCACCCACGCCCCAGGCCCCGGCGGCCGAGCCCCUCCAGGUGGACUUGCUCCCGGUUCUCGCCGCCGCCCAGGAGUCCGCCGCCGCCGCAGCCGCGGCCGCCGCCGCUGCCGCCGCCGCCGCCGUUGCUGCUGCGCCCCCGGCCCCGGCCGCCGCCUCCACUGUGGACACAGCGGCUCUGAAGCAGCCCCCGGCGCCACCUCCGCCGCCCCCGCCGGUGUCGGCGCCCGCCGCUGAGGCCGCGCCCCCUGUCUCUGCCGCCACCAUCGCCGCAGCCGCGGCCACCGCCGUCGUUGCCCCAACCUCGACGGUCGCCGUGGCCCCGGUCGCAUCUGCCUUGGAGAAGAAGACAAAGAGCAAGGGGCCCUACAUCUGUGCCCUGUGCGCCAAGGAGUUCAAGAACGGCUACAAUCUCCGGAGGCACGAGGCCAUCCACACGGGAGCCAAAGCCGGCCGGGUCCCUUCGGGUGCUAUGAAGAUGCCCACCAUGGUGCCCCUGAGCCUCCUGAGCGUGCCCCAGCUGAGCGGAGCCGGCGGGGGAGGGGGAGAAGCGGGUGCCGGCGGCGGAGCGGCCGCAGUGGCCGCCGGUGGCGUGGUGACCACGACCGCCUCGGGAAAGCGCAUCCGGAAGAACCACGCCUGCGAGAUGUGCGGCAAGGCUUUCCGCGACGUCUACCACCUGAACCGACACAAGCUGUCGCACUCGGACGAGAAGCCCUACCAGUGCCCGGUGUGCCAGCAGCGCUUCAAGCGCAAGGACCGCAUGAGCUACCACGUGCGCUCACAUGACGGCGCUGUGCACAAGCCCUACAACUGCUCCCACUGUGGCAAGAGCUUCUCCCGGCCGGAUCACCUCAACAGUCACGUCAGACAAGUGCACUCAACAGAACGGCCCUUCAAAUGUGAGAAAUGUGAGGCAGCUUUUGCUACGAAGGAUCGGCUGCGGGCCCACACAGUACGACACGAGGAGAAGGUGCCAUGUCAUGUGUGUGGCAAGAUGUUGAGCUCGGCUUAUAUUUCGGACCACAUGAAGGUGCACAGCCAGGGCCCUCACCAUGUCUGUGAGCUCUGCAACAAAGGUACAGGUGAGGUCUGUCCAAUGGCGGCAGCAGCGGCAGCGGCGGCGGCAGUGGCAGCCCCUCCCACAGCUGUGGGCUCCCUCUCGGGGGCCGAGGGGGUGCCUGUGAGCUCUCAGCCACUUCCCUCCCAACCCUGGUGAGCUCCAAGUUGGUGGGGGGGAGAGGGGAGAAUGGAGGAAAGUCCCUUGGUACCAUCUCCUCUUCCCCUCUCUCUUCCCACCAAUUCCUCACUAUUUCCCCCAUCAACCAAGGAGCCUCCAGAAGAAAAGGAGGAAGAAGUGUUUUCUUAGGGGAAUUCGCUAGGUUUUAAUGAUUUGUUUCUCCUGCUCCUCUCUUCUCCCUAUCAGACCUGACCCCACACACACCUGUCCCCUCGGUUGUGUUGAGGCCCCCUGGACAGUGGGCAGGGGUGGCAGAGGACAGGAGUGGCCACUGCCCUCACCCCCUCUCCUCUCUGUAACCCCCUGCCCUGCCCUUCCAGGGAUUUGUGAGCCUUUCCCUCGAUGGUCCUUCUUCCUCUCCUCCUUUCAGUGUCCCCCUACUGUCUGCUGCCCCUCCCUGGGGAGUUGGUGCUUUUUUUUUUUUUUUCCAGGGGGAGGGAGGAGAGGAAGGAGGGAAAUCAAAGAUUCUGUCCCAGAGAGGGGGAAAGGUGAGAUUUGAGGAGGGGCAGAAACAGGGAAGGCAGAGUUUGUACCUUCAUAAGGUGGGGUGGUUUGGGGUCAGGCCCUAAAUAUCAUCCUGCUUGAGAAUCUGUCAGGGGAAAACAAGUCAAGGGGAGCAAAAGAAGGAGCCACUAGGGCCAGAGGCAGAACAAGAGAUGGAAUCUUAGGGGGCCAGGGUAAAUGGGGGGGGAUCCAGGGACUAGAGGUGCUUCCUGGGGGUGGGGGGAAUGCAGCCACAGUGUCUCCCCCUUCCCUCUUCCACCCCAGCUCCAUCCCUGGCCUUUUCUUUUCAUCCCUCCCCCCGCGACAGAAGCUGUGGCCCUGGCCAUGUCAUCGUGUUCCUGUGUCCCCUGCAUGUUCCCCACCCUUCACCCCCUCCUUUUGCGCGGACCCCAUUACAAUAAAUUUUAAAUAAAAACCUG